UUCAUACUCACCGCUUUGAAAACCUCAAAUCUUACACUGUUGAUAAUUUCUUGGAGAGAAAGUGAAUUAUAAUCUCUUACAAAAGUUUAAAAUGUAUCUGUGUCUAUUUACCUUUAAAUCUGUAAAUAUCAGUCAGUAUAUAAUUAUAUCAUUAUAUAAUUUUCUCACAGAUGUCCAUGAUUAAUGACAAUAAAUAGUUGGUUAUUAGUUUUGUUUUGUAUUAAAAUUUUAAACUGUCUAAAAUCAGAAUACAUAGUUAUUUUAAACUGCAAAAGAUAAUGUCUCUUUCUGCCUUCCCUUUGUUGAUGGAUUUAUUUAAUUCUGGGGUUUCUUAAUCCAAAUAAGGUAUAAAGUCCACAUUUCAUUUACAUUUCACUUGGACUAGCAGUUCAAGAACUUGGUAGGGUAUUAUUAACUGUUUUAUGUGGAAUAAGUAUGACUUUGUUAUUAUGAUUAUGCAGUUAUAUUUUGUUUUAUAGUGAUUUUAAGUUUAGAUCUUGUGAAAAGUCGAUUACUGAAAAUAAAAAUUCUUGCCCUCGUAGAUAAUGUCACACAGAACUUUGAGGAAAUGUUUUUGCAGACAACAUAACAGAAUACACAGUUUACUACGUUACAGACUAUGAAUGUUGUGACUGAUUUCACCAUAUCCUGUCUCAAAAGUCUUGAUUUACUUGCAUUAAGAUGAUGGGAUCGUUUAUUAUCAGAUCCCCAACUAGAAGUCCUUACUAGAGUAUUUAUUCAUUCUGUACCCAUUGGUUGUAAUAAAGUUUCUGCUUCAGAAUAUCUAAGGGUUGCAGGAGGAUUUGUAACUGGAAAGUCAGACUAACCUGACUUCUGUUCACACUAGUUAAUUAAGUUUACUGAUAAUUUUCUCAUACGGUUUAUGUAUUAUAUGGACUGUGUCUUGUGAAAAUUUCACAGUGCAUUGUUAUGCUAUAUUUUGAAACAGGAAAUUUUAAAUGAAGCUAGAUUUAUGGUAUUCAUCAUUGUUGUGUUGGACCUGAUAUUUAUUCUGAUGCAUUAUUGAAGAAAUUUCUUAUUUGUAUAUGUCUUAAUGUAAGUUAGUUGUGCAUUCAGGAAAAUUUUUUGUCUCAGGUUUUAUGUAAGAAUAAGACAAAUAGUUGAGAUGCACUUGAUAUUGAGAAUGUUGAUAGUGGUGGAAGGGUAGGCCUUAUGGUUUUGAAAUUAUGAAUCUGGUAAUUGGUUGGAUAUUUUUAGACAAUUUCUCAAGCAAAAAUUUGCUGUGGCCAAGUCACAAAGAAGGAAUUCGCUGUAGCCACAUUAAGUUUACAAUAACAUUUUGAAGUUUGUAUUCCAAAGUACAUAAUGACCUUGGUUAUAUACAUGUAAAAUAAACACUGAAGUUACUUACAGUGUUAAUGUUAUAAAAAUCCCAGGAUAUUUUAUAUAUAUUAUAUAUAUUUAUAUAUAUAUUUUAUAUUAUAUGUUAUAUUUGGUUACUUUGUGACUCUCUUCAUAUUAUUCAUUAAAAGAUCUAGUAUCCAAUCUUUAGAAAUGCUAUUUGAGAUGAUUCAGAAGCAACUUGGUUUUGGCAUAAUUCCAAAUGGAAUAUUUAUAGGGAGUUGACUUCACUUUCCAGUUACAUUUUGGCAUCUUCCCAACAAUGUUGGGAUUAAAGCAUUUUGAAUUUUGAAAUUUUUUUAAAGGAGAAAUUACUUGGUUUUGUGUUUUGCAUGUUAGAUUUUAAGUGGCGUUUGAAACGGCAGUUAGCAUGUGUAAAUUUCGUUUGAAUUGAACAUUUGUAGAGGCAAAUAUUUCAGCUAUUUUGCAUCAGCGUACUAUCAAAAUUUUGCGGCAAUAUAGUGUUAAAAUGUUGAAUUCCGAAUACAUAUUGACCACACUCAGGUGUGAAAUGUUUGAUUGCAUUUUUUAUGCAACUACUUACCAUCACAAGAAAGAAGAUUUGAGCCGUGUUGGUAAGUGAUUACAUUUUUUUAUUCUUGUGUUACAUUUUUGUGGAACUGAUAUGUUCAAGAGGUGUGAUAAUAAUUGAAUUUAUUCUUUUACAGGUUAAUUUAUCUGCACAUAAUUUUAGUGGAAGUUGUUCCAGCGCUGUCUGAUGAAGGUGCUCAACAUUGAAUUAUGGAAGUUGUACCUUGCAUACGUAAAGGAAACCAAAUCUACUCUACCUACAUACAAGGAGAAGAUGGCGCAAGCUUAUGAUUUUGCGCUGGAAAAAAUUGGCAUGGAUAUCCAGUCUUACUCCAUAUGGAAUGAUUAUGUAAACUUUCUGAAAGCAGUAGAGGCCGUUGGAUCAUAUGCUGAAAACCAAAAAAUAAGUGCUGUAAGGAAGGUAUACCAGCGAGGCGUGAUCAACCCCAUGGUUAAUAUCGAGCAACUGUGGAAGGACUACAUGAAUUUUGAGCAGAACAUCAACCCAAUCAUUGCAGAGAAAAUGGCUAUGGAGAGGAGUAGAGACUACAUGAGUGCUCGAAGAGUUGCCAAGGAGUUCGAGGCAGUGACUCGGGGACUGAACAGAAACAGCCCCAGUAUUCCACCUACCGGACACCCAGAGGAACUCAGACAGGUGGACCUUUGGAAGAAGUACAUUGCAUGGGAGAAGUCAAACCCUCUUCGGACUGAGGAUGCGACACUUAUCACUCGUCGUGUGAUGUUUGCGUUUGAACAGUGCCUGUUGUGUCUUGGACACCACCCUGACAUCUGGUAUGAGGCAGCACAGUUCCUUGAACAGAGCUCCAAGCUUCUUACUGAGAAGGGGGAUGUGAAUGCCGCCAAGCUGUUCAGUGAUGAGGCAGCUGCAGUGUAUGAGCGUGCAACAGCAUCGCUACUGAAGAAGAAUACACUCUUGUACUUUGCAUAUGCAGAUUUUGAGGAAGGUCGACUUAAGUAUGAAAAGGUACAUCAGAUCUACAGCAAGUUCCUGGACAUCACAGACAUAGAUCCAACACUGGCAUAUGUACAAUAUAUGAAAUUUGCUCGUCGGGCAGAAGGCAUCAAAUCUGCUCGAACGGUUUUCAAACGAGCCAGAGAAGAUCCACGAUCACGUUUCCAUGUAUUUGUGGCUGCAGCACUCAUGGAAUACUACUGUAGUAAAGACAAGAACAUCGCCUUUCGCAUCUUUGAACUUGGUCUAAAGAAAUUCUCAGAUAACCCUGAAUACAUACUCUGCUAUAUAGAUUAUCUCUCUCAUCUGAAUGAGGACAACAACACACGUGUUCUGUUUGAAAGAGUUCUCUCAUCUGGCAGCCUGGAACCCGAGAAAUCUGUAGAUAUAUGGAACCGGUUCUUAGAGUUUGAGUCCAAUAUUGGAGAUCUAGCCAGCAUUGUCAAGGUGGAGAAGAGGCGGAGUGCUGUGUUAGGCCAGAUUAAAGAGUUUGAAGGGAAGGAAACUGCACAACUAGUGGACCGGUACAAGUUCCUAGAUCUCUACCCCUGCACAACAGCAGAACUUAGGUCAAUAGGUUACAGCGAAGUGGCCAGUACAGCUGUGAAGUCAUUCCAUCCAUUGUCUUCAUCUAUCCUUGAUUCUGAAGAGGAAUCCUCCAAUAUGCCAAAGCCAGAUUUCACACAGAUGAUUCCAUUCAAACCAAAGGCACAAGCUAUUCCUGGUGACCAUCCUGUUCCAGGAGGUGUUUUUCCUCACCCACCAGCAGUAGCCCAACUCUGCACAUUACUACCACCUCCAGGCUGCUUCCGUGGACCAUUUGUGGCUGUUGACAUGCUUCUGGAUGUUUUCAGCAAAAUCCAGUUGCCAGAGACAGCACCAUCACCAACAGCAGACAAUGGCUGUGAUACAAAGCUCUUUGACCUUGCCAAGUCUGUGCACUGGAUAGUAGAUGAAGGCCAAGAGGGUACACUAACCAUGCCAGGAAGUGUAGGAACAAAGAGAAGACGGAAAUUGGGAGCAGACCGAAUAGCAGUAGGGAUGGAUGACAGUGAGGAUGAUGAGCUUUCAGGUGCACCUCCUGUAAAUGACAUUUACAGACAGAGGCAACAGAAGAGGGUCAAGUGACUGCUGGUUGACAGAGAAGAGGAAGGCUGCUAAGAUUUCUAUCAGUGUUCUCUUUGCACAUUUGUUACAGUUAUGUUAAAUAGUAAAGACAUUUUAAAAAAAAACAAUUCAAGGUAGAUAAUUAAAGUCUUCUUGACCUUAACAUGAUGCACUGAUUUAGAAAAAGAAAAUGUAAUAAAAUAUUGAACAUUUUCUUUGAUGCCAUACUCCAGAGAUGGCAUACCUUUUCACUGCAUGGUGCCAACCAUCCUCAUUACUACUUAUCACUGUUGUGAGACAUCCACUUUAUACAUUUUUAGGAAGUUCAAUUCCCUGCUUGUACAUGGUUGAAUGAUAUAAAUAGCACUUAUUCCAUUUGAGAGAAGGCUGCUGACUAUGGCUUUGUGUACCUCUAGGAUGAAAAUAAUUGGUAAAAAGUGGCAUCAUGUAGAAAAUACGUUGUUUUCUCUUGUAACUAUCUUUAUCUGGUAGGAUUUGAGGUCUGAAGAUGGCUGUCUUCUGGGCUGUCGUGCCGUGUAGUCUGGUAGAAGUUUACUGACGUUUCAGAGAUCCUUGCUGCAUUCAUCAUUAGGACAAAGAGUAAGCCAUGCGCGUGGAAAUGGUCAGAGUUAUACGAGACUGGCAAUCAAGAAAGAGCCUUGGCCUAACCAGUGGGGACUGGAGUUAGAAUUGGGUGAGGGCCUGAGAACCAUGGUCUGGCCAGCAGGAGGGGUAAGGACAUGAGGGGGGGGGGGGAGAGGAGUAGAGGCCGAGAAAGUGGCCCUUAUAAGGGUGUCUCAGGGUCCAGCUGGUGGAUCCCCAGACAUACAGGAGGUGGGUGGACAUGAUGAGGACUAAGGAUAGUGGAAGGUAAACUUCUACCAGACUACACAGCUCAACAGCCCUUUUGGUAUUUGGGAUGAAAAUAUAAAGUACUGCAACAAAUUGUGUCCUGGUUAAAUACUGAAUUAUCAAAUGGGACCAAAUGUUAAUAUAGGCACAAAAUGCAAUCACCAGUGCCAUCCCUGAUAAAGUAAUUCAAAAUAUAAAGAGCAACAGGAAUGUCAAGGAUCACACAGGUGUAGAAAUGUUAAUUUUCUUAACCUGCAGGUGUAAAUAAAUUAAAUAGCACAACUAAACAAGAUGUGGCAAGCUAUAGAAAUGUAUCUUAAGAAUUUGUCCCAUGCCUCAGAAAUUCUUUACAAAAACUACAUGGCUCUUUCCAUACCAAAACCAAAAGUAAAAGAAUUGUGUUCCUGAAGUGAACAUACAUAUGUUUGGGAAGAAGUUUAUAGUAUAUGUUUUUACCAUUUAAAGAAUCUUGGUGACUUUCUUAAAAUUAAAAUAAAUUUUACCAGUGUUUUGUGUUAAUUUUAUCAUAAAAUUCAUGUACUGUGAACUGUC